AUGUCUAUGACGCAGAGUAUCCACUAUGAGAGCGCAGGGAGCUCCGUCAGACGCCCGCUCUCUCACAGCCAUACUCAAGAAAUGCGGGAACACGAAGCAGUGGGCUACGGCGCUGCGUCUGUUACAAGACGCGUCGCUGGCGGGCUUACAAGUCAACACGAUUCAUUGCAAUGUGGCCAUCAGCGCCUGUGGGAAAUGCAAGCAGUGGCAGUAUGCGCUCCUCCUGCUCAGGGAGGCAGCAGGCACAGGGGGAGAGCCAGACGUCGUCAGCUUCAGCGCCGCAGUCAGCGCGUGCGAGAAGAGCGGUCAGUGGCAGCACGCGUGGUCGCUGCUGUUCACAGACAUACGCGGAGCGGCACUGGAGCCAGACGCCAUCAUGUUCAACGCCGGGAUCAGCGCGUGCGGCAGAGCUGGGCAGUGGGAGCGAGCGCUCUGGGUCCUCGGCGAGAUGCGCGAGGCGAGCGCGGAGCCAGACGCCGUCAGCUUCUCCGCCGGGGUGAGCGCGUGCGGGCGGGGCGGGCAGUGGCGGCAGGCGCUGGCGCUGCUCGCGGGCAUGCGGGAGGCGCAGCGGGAGCCCGACUGCACCACAGCGCGGGGAUCAGCGCCUGCGAGAGCUGCGGGCAAUGGCAGUGGGCUCUGUCGCUGCUGCGCGAGCUGCUAUGUGCGAGGUUAAAGCCAGAUGUGGUAAGCUACAGCUCGACCAUCAGCGCCUGCGGGAAGGGUGGUAUGUGGCAGCAUGCCUUGUCGAUGCUUCUCGAAUCCCGUGCGAGCGAGUUGGAGCCAGAUCUCGUCAGCUGCAACGCUGGGGUCAGCGCUUGCGAGAAAGGCGGGCAGUGGAUGCAAGCCUUGCAGCUGCUCGGCGAAAUGCGUUGGUUAACGUUGCAGCCAGACGUCAUCAGUUUCAGCGCUGGGAUUAGCGCCUGCGCAAAAUGCGGGCAGUGGCAGCAUGCGUUAUCGUUGUUGAGCGGGCUGCGCGAGGCCCACUUGGAAUUAGAGCACAUCGCAUACAGUGCUGGCAUCAGCGCGUGCGAAAAGGCGGGAAAGUGGCAGCUUGCACUGUUGAUGUUGACGGAAGGUCGAGAGAUGGAGUUGGAUAUGAACCUCAUCAGCUACAGCGCUGGAGUGAGCGCGUGCGAAAAGGCGGGGGAGUGGCGGCAGGCGCUAUCGAUUUUCGGGGAGAUGAUGGACGCCGCGUUGGCACCAGACGUCACCGUCUACAGUGUUGCAGCCAGUGCGUGCGAAAGAGGAGGGCAAUGGCACCGGGCGUUGUCAUUGCUCAGAGAUUUGAGGGAGGCAAACGUAGAAGCAGAUGCCAUCACGUACAGCAUUGAAAUUACAGUGAGCAAAAAGUGCGGGCAAAACCAUCAUGUUGUGACGCUACUGCGCGAGAUGCGUGAUGGGAUUCUUGACCCAACCGUGUUCAAUUACAAUGUUGGAGUCAAUGCAUGUGUGAGCGGGGGGAUGUGGGAAGAGGCGUUGUCGCUGCUGAGCAAUUUGCGCGAGGCAAGCUUGGAGCCUAGCGUUGUGAGCUACAGCUCUGGAGUCGCAGUGUGCGAGAAAGGAGGGCAGUGGCAGCGUGCGCUGUUACUGCUCGGCGAAAUGGCGGACUUCAAUAUUGAAGCAGACUUGAUCAGCUACACCGCUGGCGUGAGUGCGUGCGGGUCAUCGGGCCAGUGGCAGCAGGCGCUGUCGCUUCUGAGCGAGCUGCAGGAGAGCAGGCUGGAGGCAGACGUCGCCAUCUGCAAUGCCGGGAUCAGCGCGUGCGAGAAGGGCGGGCAGUGGCAGCGGGGGCUCUGGCUGCUGAGAGUGAUGGUAGAGGCGAGAAUGAAGCCAGACGUCAUCAGCCACAAUGCUGGAAUCAGCGCGUGUGAGAAAGGGGGGCAGAGGCAACGAGCUGUAUCACUGCUCGAGAGCUUGUGGGAGCCAGACGCUGUCAGCUACAACGCUGGCAUCAGUGCGUGUGCAGCUGACGGGCAGUGGCAGGAGGCACUGUCUCUGUUGAGCAGGAUGCGGCAGGUAGGUUUAGAGCCAAACGUCCUACGUAGCUGGAGUUAG